AUUCGGUAUAUCGAUGCUGUCGUGAGUGGUCAGCUCAUCUCCAAUUCCAAGUGGGACACGCUUAACACUUUUUUUUUGCCAAUUUGCCAUUAAUUGCAAGCGUCCCAGCUGAUCCAAAAAAAUUCAAAACUCUGUUAAAUGCGUUUGGCCAGGCGUUCGUCGCGAUCCGUGGACUUUAAAGGCUCGUAAGCGUGUGUGAGAGCUUCAAAUCGCCCCAUCUCAAAGCCAAGAUUGCACCCAAAUCAGCGCCAGCGUCAGCAAAAGUUUCAUUAGCAACUCGGUUAUCAGCUGCGAAACUGAAGCCAACUGAACGCAAAGAGUUGGGCAAUCCGCCAGAGCAGGGCCAGAAACCAUAGAAACCAGUUGCCAUGGCGAGUCCCAGAACGCGACGGGUGCUCCAGGAACUGAAACCCCAGGAUGAGAACUCGAAAUGCUUCGAGUGCGGUACCCACAAUCCGCAGUGGGUGUCCGUGACCUACGGCAUCUGGAUCUGCCUGGAGUGCUCCGGCAAGCAUCGCAGUCUGGGCGUGCAUCUGUCCUUCGUGCGCUCCGUCACUAUGGAUAAGUGGAAGGACAUCGAGCUGGAGAAGAUGAAGGCGGGCGGCAAUCGCAAUGCGCGCGAGUUUCUGGAGGAUCAGGAGGACUGGAACGAACGGGCGCCUAUCACGCAGCGUUACAACUCGAAGGCGGCUGCUUUGUACCGCGAUAAGAUAGCCACCUUGGCCCAGGGCAAGAGCUGGGAUCUCAAGGAGGCGCAAGGCCGCGUGGGCAGCAACAAUAGCUUCAGCUCAGGUGGCUCCAGCAACAGCAGCUACCAGUCGCGACCCAGUGCAACAGGUUAUGGCGGAAACGGAGGCUAUCAGAAUGGCGGAGGCGCCGAGCCUGGAGGCUAUCAGCAGUACCAAACGCAGGAGUUCAAGGACCAGAAGGAGGAGUUCUUCAGCCGACGCCAAGUGGAGAAUGCCUCCAGGCCAGAAAACUUGCCACCGAGUCAGGGCGGAAAAUAUGCAGGUUUCGGGUUCACACGCGAACCACCACCGAAAACGCAAUCUCAGGAGCUUUUCGACUCGACGCUUUCCACUUUGGCCUCUGGCUGGAGCCUUUUCUCCACCAACGCCUCCAAGUUGGCCAGCACCGCCAAGGAGAAGGCCGUCACCACCGUCAAUUUGGCCUCGACAAAGAUUAAAGAGGGAACUCUGCUAGAUUCCGUACAAUGCGGAGUUACCGAUGUAGCCAGCAAGGUCACCGAUAUGGGCAAACGAGGUUGGAAUAAUCUGGCGGGCAGCAACAUUUCGUCGCCGCAGGGCGGAUACAACGAUCCCAACUUCGAGGACAGCAGCGCCUACCAGCGUUCCAAUUCCGUGGGCGGUAAUCUGGCCGGAGGCUUGGGUCAGCAGAGCGGCGUCAGCGACAGCGACUGGGGCGGCUGGCAGGACAACGGCAACAGCAAGUCGCACAUGACCAGCUCGAGUUCGUACCACAAUCAGUUGAGUAGCAGCAGCGGCGGCGGUACCGCCUCCGCCGGCCUAACCCGCGACGCUGACUGGUCCGGCUUCGAGGCGACGAACUAUCAGAGUUCAGAGACCUCCUACCAGAACGCUUCGUCCGGCGGAUCGACAGCUCGCCGCAACAUGAAGCUGCAGGACACAUCGCAGAAGCUGAGCGAGGGCUUCGAGAGCCUGGACGUGAAGAGUGUGAAGCCCAAGACGGCAACGGCCUCGUCCGCCAACAAAGGCACUGCCGAGGACGACGCCUGGAAUCUGCUGAUGAACUAGAAACCGUGGCGAGCAGCUUAUGCGAUUGUAUUUUUUGUAUUCCAUUCGGUUGUCAAGUUGUGUCUCCUUUGUUUUAUGUGUCUCUUGAUGUCUGGCCCCGAGGCUGCUAUGCGCGCAUUUAAUGUAACCAACUGAAUUGUGUAUUCAUUCUUCGACUUCAAACAUAAAGUGCAACUAUUCCCGAUUAUUUCCACAGUUUAGACCAAUUUUGUAUAGAUCUACUUAACUAACGAAUUACUUAGCUUAAAGUGUAUGCCAGGAUACUGCGAGGGAUGCGAGAUGAGAAAAUACAUAUUAUGUUAACAAGUGU